CAGUCUCGAUCCCUGUAUCACCAUGAGAACGCUCGUUGUCUUCGUCCUGCUCACCCUAGCCACGUUCUCAUCGGCCCAGGUUAUCGGCUUCGGCGGAUGCCCCGACUUCAGACCGGCCGUCGAGUUCGAUUUAAACCUCUACGCGGGGCGCUGGUACGAAAUCGCCCUGUUCUACAACGCCCCCAAGAGGGUUUGCGAUGUCAAUCUAGCAGUUACACGGUGAAAGACGGAUAUUAUUUCUACACCAAUGAAUCGGGAAUUGAUCCUUACGGCAACGCCUAUUCAUACCAGAUCCCAGUUUACAGGUCAGGAGCGGACCCCAACAACGUGACGAUACUGUAUUAUGCCAGUGAAACGACUCCAGGUGAAUUCAAGGUUGUCUUCGUCGACUACCAAAGCUACGCCAUUCUUCACGACUGCAACGAGUACCUGUGGGGGUUCAUGAACGUCCAGAACAACUGGAUCAUCGCCCGUGAUCGUACGAUGUCGGAAGACGACUACGACGACGCCCUCCGGUACCUCGCCUCAAUGGGCGUCAACGUGAGGAAGUUCAAGAAGGCGGACCAGGAGGAUUGCCCCGUCUACCGAGACGUACCCGAGCAGGAUGAAGAUCCCGAGAACGAGGACGAGCCGAGGAAGUAAAUACAUGUAGAAUAGCUUACUUCCGUUUGGUUGUACGACACAGGCUCCGGUGAUAAUUGCUAUGCGAUCAGCAGCCUACACUAUCCGAAUCAUUACCUUCACCCUCGGAUCAAACAUUAUAGGAUUUCCUAACCCUAUAACCUUAAGCCCACCUGCAAACACAACCCUAACCUUAUAUCUUUGACUCAAUAAAACCUGAAGUAUGUGUCGGAACAUUUGUAAACAAGUAAAUCAUUUCUAUCCGGAAUUAAUUAAUAUCAAAUCAAACGGUUUUUCAUCCAUUGAAUUAAUGAUGCUAUUUUUUUUAAAUAGUUAAAAAGAAAAACUAAAUAUUUGUGUAGACAUGACCAUUAAAGUUAAUUGAGAAUAAAUAGCCUUCUUCAUAAAGUUUUUAUAAUAAAAUAUUAUAUGUCAAACAAGGAGACUUUAAAAUAUCGCUUGUUUGCAUUUUUUUAUAAAUCAUACUUUAUAUAUGAAUGAUUGAAAUUAAAUUAUUCUGUUGAACUAUAUAAUU